UCUUGACAUGUGCGGCAGACGUGUGCAGCAGUGACCGCGGUCGAACACCAGUGGAUAGUGCAUUGUCACCUACACAAACGACGCAGAAUCACGGGAGAACAACAUGGCACCCGUGCUCGCCUACUGGGACGUGCGAUGCUUUGCCCAAGCCAUACGCAACCUCCUCAUCUACAAGGGAGUCGAGUUCGAGGACAAGCGCUACCAGCACGGAUCGCCGCCGGAGUACAACCGCGGUGAAUGGCUCAAGGACAAGUUCGCGCUGGGACUCCAGUUUCCCAACUUGCCGUACUACAUCGACGACGACGUGAAGAUCACGCAGAGCUUGGCCAUUCUCCGGCAUCUCGGAAGAAAGUACGACCUGAACGCCAGCAACAGCCUCGAAGCCACAGAACUCGACGUUCUCGAGCAGCAAGCUCAGGACCUGUGCCUCGUCCUCGCCUACGAGGCAGUUACAAUGCCUCGGUACAGAGAAGGGCUCAAAUCAUACGCUGAGAACGUCAAGGACAUGCUCGAGCCUUGGGCCAAGCACCUAGCCGGGCUUAAGUGGGUGCUCGGAGACAGGCUCACCUACGUGGACUUCCUGCUGUACGAGGGGCUCGACUGGCACCGAGUGUUCAAACCGGACGCCGUGCAGCAAUACCCGGAGAUCGCCGAGUACCUCGAAAGAUUUGAACAGCUAUCCAACCUCAAAGAAUACUUUGCUUCGGACGAGUACAAAGAACGCGCCAUUACCGGUCCACUCCGGUCGUGGGGUUACACCAGAGGUACGCGGGUUUCAGAGUGAACAAGUUCCGUCCGCACAUGGUGUUCAUUACGUGCGCGAACUCUUCUGCACUUGUAACCUUCCAGUUUUUGGUGCCCAAUAUAUAAAUGCUAUAGCGCCAAUUGAGUUCAUAGGCGCCAUGUGUGCUCUGCGAAUACCGCGGAAUAUCUGGGAAAGCGCAAGUUCUGUGAAACAAGAGCAGUCGAAAUAAAAGCACCCAUUAAAGGCGUC